AUGGAAAAUAUAUAUGGAACAAACAUAUCAGUUAAUACAGAUGAAGCAGAUAGUAAUGGGGAAAACGAGCAAAGAAAUACCCUUGAUGAAGGGGGAAUUGGGGAAAAGGGGAAUGAUGUAACAUAUAUUGAAAAAGAAAAUGAUGAGAAAGAUAUUGAAAAAGAAAAUGAUGAGAAAGAUAUUGAAAAAGAAAAUGAUGAGAAAGAUAUUGAAAAAGAAAAUGAUGAGAAAGAUAUUGAAAAAGAAAAUGAAAAAAUCGUUGAAAAAGAAAAUGAAAAAAUAGUUGAAAAAGAAAAUGAUAGCAAUUCUAAGUGUAACGAUUGGGAGUUGCAAAAUAAAAAAAUAAGAUCAUGUAAACACCAAUGGAAAGGGAGUAGUAUAUUUGGUAAAUUAUUUGAUAGCGAAUCAAAGGAUUAUAUAAAAUAUAAUACAAGUCCAGGAUUAUUAGAAAGAAGCGAAAAUAUAAAUGAUAAACAAAGUAAAAAUAUAGGAAAUAGCAAAGCAAAUAUUUAUUAUCAAUCAAAUAGAACAGACACAAUUAGUAUGUAUAAUUUUAAUCCUUAUCAAUUGGGAUAUCAGCCAAAUAACGGCUUAAACCCGUCACAAGGUUAUGUAUUUAUAUAUCCCCAUAUAACUAAAAACUCUAAACCCCCAAAAAUAAAAAAAAAUAAAAAAUUAGCAUGUUGUUAA